GGUCAACACUCGUUUUUCUAUCACACUCAUUCCCAACCACCACUAUCAUCAUGAAGUAUUCAGUCAUCGCAGCCCUCGCUCUUGCCGCUCCAGCUAUUAUGGCAUCGCCGACAAAGGAGAUGGUCCAAAAGCGCUCAACAGUCUACACCGAUAAAAUCAAUGUUGCUGAGAAGCUCACUGGCAGACCUGGAAGCGAGUAAGAAUCCCAUCAAAGGAAAGGAACUACUUUGCAUUUCUAGAAUUAACGUUACUUCCCAGUCUCUUCAACGAUCAGCGUGUUCCAAACUUUGUUGCCACUGAGCUCGGCAAGCGCCAGGAGAACAACACGUUUGAACCGGACCCAAAUCGCCCAAUUGUCACUCCGCCCUUGAUUUUCGUUCUCCAGUGCACAGAUGCUGGUUUCCGCGGAAAUUGCAUUGUAUUUGGAGCAAGACCAGGUCGAUGCGGUAAGAGUCAUUCGUCCCAAGAAUCAUGCAGCGAUGCUGACGUGCUAAAAGUUGACUACGAUGACUUCAAUCCUUUCAACUCGACUAUGAUCUCCGGCAUUUACAAUAACAACGUCUCAUCUCUUUCAACCAACACUGGCGGAAAAUGUCAAUUCUAUCAGUAAGUGGGUUUUUGUUUAGACGCUACAUUCCUCCAUCCACGUCCUAAUCCACACCAUGUCACGAUACAUGUGAUGCUUGGACAGAGGGGACAGACCCGGAGUGACACUUUCAUAUCUGUUCAACCUCGCAGUGGCAUCAGAAGAUCCGGAUUACAGUGCAGGUUACGAAACACUAUCAGCUCGUGGCGCUGUUAAGAUUUCGUUUCUAAAAAUUGUAAAUACCAGAACUGAUUCCUUUUGCGAUUUUCUACAGAUAUCUAGGGUGCAACGACAAAGGGGAUGAUCGGGGACUCACCUCCAGCUACAACUACAAUCUUGCGGUAGCACUGGAGGAGGAUCCCAGAACUGUGGAAUAUGAGGACCGAAUCACUUCGUGGAAAUGUUAAAAAGCUAACCACUACGACACACAGGUACCUCGGAUGCAAUAAUAGGGGUGAUGACCCAGGAAUCACUUUGGACUAUGAGUACAAUCUCAAGAACUUGACAGGUGGAAAUUCUGGUGACACUGACGACCGCUUCACAAGCUGG